AUGUCGGUUCUAACUGUUCUGGAGAAGAAAGCUAAAAUUUAUGAAAGUUUAACAGAUGGAAAUGUACCAAAUGAUGAAGUAAAAGAAUUAUAUUUAGUAGACUUUCAAAGAAAAGUACUUGAUCAGAAAAAAUUAGGAAAACCUAAAGAAGUUGAGAAAAAAAGUAUAUCAUCACCUAAACCAAAUACUAAUGUCAAUGAAGAGAAGAAAGAAGAUAUUGACUUUGAUGACACAUCAUCUCAUUCUUUGGAUAAAGAUGAUUCUGAAGCUCCUAAUCCUGAUGAAGAAUGGGUUGACUAUACAGAUUCAUUAGGAAGAUCUAGAAGAUGUUUAAGAAAAGAUCUGCCUGAUCUUUUAGAAAUGGAUAAACAGUUAAAGAAAACUAACAAAAUUCUAGGGGUUCUAACCCUUAAAGAAAUUAAUAAAUUCAAUUUAAUUUUUAAAAAUAAUAUUCUAGCAUAUUUUUCUUAUUAUUUAUUUUUAUUUUUUUAUAGAACUGUUCUGGAGAAGAAAGCUAAAAUUUAUGAAAGUUUAACAGAUGGAAAUGUACCAAAUGAUGAAGUAAAAGAAUUAUAUUUAGUAGACUUUCAAAGAAAAGUACUUGAUCAGAAAAAAUUAGGAAAACCUAAAGAAGUUGAGAAAAAAAGUAUAUCAUCACCUAAACCAAAUACUAAUGUCAAUGAAGAGAAGAAAGAAGAUAUUGACUUUGAUGACACAUCAUCUCAUUCUUUGGAUAAAGAUGAUUCUGAAGCUCCUAAUCCUGAUGAAGAAUGGGUUGACUAUACAGAUUCAUUAGGAAGAUCUAGAAGAUGUUUAAGAAAAGAUCUGCCUGAUCUUUUAGAAAUGGAUAAACAGUUAAAGAAAACUAACAAAAUUGUACCUGAGGAAGAUCAGUCUGUUGUGAAUCAGGAAUCUUCUGAAAAUAUUUCUUCUGACUUGCCUGAAGUUGAAACUCCUGCCGAACCCGUUCAUUAUCAAACAGUACAAAACAAUGAAAUCAGAUCACAUGGUGUUGGUUACUAUUCAUUUUCAACUGAAGAAGAAGAAAGAAAAGCCCAAUUGGAAAAUCUAAAUCAGUUAAGAGAACAGACAGUAAAGCAACGAUCAGCUAGAGAAAGAUUGAAAGAGAAGAGAAAGGCUAUUUUAAAAGCCAGAUUGGAUAAAGUUAAAAAAAGAAAAAAUAUUGAAGUGGAAGAGUCUAAUGAAUCUAUGAGUGAUGAAGAAUUUGAUCCUCUGAAACCUCCAGUCCAAGAAGAAGUGAAAGAAGAAAAACCUGAAACAUCACCAAAAGUUCGGCCUUGGGAUGUAGGCAAGGUUUUUAACACACAAAAACAAAAAUAUAAAUAUACACAAGAAUCAUGGAUUGAAGAACGAAGAACUGACAGAAUUAAGGAAUUCGCUCCACCAACUUCCUAUCACAAAAAUACAGACAACGAUGAAAAAUCUGAUCAGGAAAAAUCCGAUUCUCCUGAAUUUACUGAAGAAGUAAAGGAAGAUGCAGAAGAAAUAGAGGAAGACAAUAAAGUAAAUGAAAAUGAUAGCAUUCCAUUGUCUCAAGCCACUUCAGAUAGCGAAAUUGAAAGGAUGAUAGCCGAGACAGUGACAUAUUACAGAAAGCAAACUGAAUAAUUUUCUAACUACUCUCCUCAUCAAUAUUGUUUUGUGUAUUGUUGUUGUAAAGUGACAUAUAAAAAUUAAAUUUAGCAUUAUAGGUACUUUGUUUUCAUCAUAAUUUAGAUAAUUUCUUAUUGCAUUAUACAUCAGAAUAUAAAGUUAUGUCCAUGUUAAAUAGAAGAUAAAAGGCUUAAGCAUACUUUUUAAAGAACAUUUUAAUAUUAUUCACAAAGCAUUAAAAAAGUAUUUAACUAGUAUAAAAAACUAAAAUAUCUGUCUUUAAACAUCACAGCCAUAUUUAUAUAUCAUUUUAUACAUUAACUAUUAUUGAUUUAUAAAAUUAUUAAUUUAUAAAGUAAAACUGCUGA